UUCCUCAUCUAGGCGAUAUCCCGGAAUGUGGUCAAGCGCCUGCCUGUUCGGGUUAGUAAACCGCGGCUCUACGACAAGCUUCUGGGGUGGCUGUGUGGCGAUCGUGAACGGCGAUGCCCGAGUGGCAGAUACACCUGCGUAACCUUACAGCUGUGGCCCGAGUGGUAUAUAAUUCUCUACUCUGCGCUCGCAUUUCUUACUACGCACGCCAUUCUCCCGUCGUCCACUUGUCAAAAUGGCACCCCUAAACAUCACAACCCUCUCCCUCUCCCUCCUAGCCCUCUUCUCCCGCGCAUCCGCCUGGGGCACCCUCGGCCACGACACCGUGGCCUUCAUCGCGCAAUCCUUCAUCUCCCCCGCCACAGUCACAUACACCCAAACUCUGCUAAACUCCACAUCCUCCUCCUACCUAGCCAGCAUAGCCACCUGGGCCGACUCCUAUCGCUACACAGCCGAAGGCGCCUUCUCCGCCCCGCUACACUACAUCGACGCCCUCGACAACCCACCUACAUCCUGCGACGUGGACUUUGACCGCGACUGCCCGGAGGAAGGAUGCAUCGUGUCCGCGAUCGCGAACUACACGGCGCGAAUGAAAGACGAAGCAUUGGGGGUAGACGAGCGGCAGAAGGCGCUGAAGUGGGUAGUGCAUUUCCUAGGCGACAUCCACCAGCCGCUGCACGUCGAGAACCUCGCCGUGGGCGGCAACACCAUCAACGUGACCUUCGACGGCGCCGCGACCAACCUGCACCAUAUCUGGGACUCCAACAUGGCAGAGAAGCUCAUCGGGGGCUACUCGCUCGACGACGCGAGGGCCUGGGCCGCGGAUCUCGUGGCUGACAUCAAGAGUGGGAAGUACGCUAACGCGAGCGUGAGCUGGCUCGAUGGGAUUAAGCCGAAUGAUAGCAUUGCGAGCGCUAUGCAUUGGGCUAGCGAUGCGAAUGCCUAUGUGUGCAGCACCGUGCUGCCGGAUGGCCAGGAGAGCGUCGAGGGCAAGGAACUCGAUGGCGCGUAUUAUGAUAGUGCGAUUCCGGUGAUUCAGAUGCAGAUUGCGAAGGCGGGGUAUCGGUUGGCGGCGUGGCUGGAUCUGGUUGUUACGGGCGAGAUGGGGGUGCGGAAGGGUGCGGUUUAUGGGAGAGAUGUUGAGACUGAGAGGGUGAGGAGGGGGAAGGUGGAGCUGCAGGAUUGGAUGGUGGAGGCGAGGAGGGUGAGGAGGGCGUAUGGGUGGAAUUGCGGGGCGGAGGGUCAUCGGCAUUGAGAUCGUUUAGAUUCUAGAAUACGUUUUGGUUUCCCGGAUGUGCGCCUAUGGAUCCCCCGAAGCUUCGCAGCGAUACUCGUUCGGGUUGCGCAUGAGAUUUUCUGAUAGGCCCAAAUAGCAACUCACCA